CUCACCGGCUGAAAUUGUAUAAACAUAAACAAACCCCAAACAUACGCGGUACAGGAAAAUCGGAUCAUUUUCCACUUCAUUUUAGUUCAGUAUGGAAUCGCUGGAAAAGCCAAAUGCCGGGAAAGAGGCGGAAAAGGACAAAGCUGUGACGAAGGCAAAGGGACGCCACCGGAGCAAGCACAAGUUCAACUCGAUUCGCAAGCAGAUAGAAUUUUACUUCUCCGACGCUAACCUGACCAAAGACCGUUACAUGGGACAGCUGCUGGGGAAUGGGCCAUUCAUUCCACUGGAAGAGUUUUUAAAGUUCAACAAAAUCAAAGCCCUCACUACGAACGUCGACGAGAUAGCGAAUGCGUUGAAAAAUUCCACCCUGCUGGAGCUUUCCGACGAUCGGGCGAAGGUGCGCCGCAAGACGGAGGUUGUGGUGAAGACCAACAGCGAAGAGUGUACGAUCUACGUGGAAAGUUUGCCACCGAAAGCGGACCACGAUUGGGUGCGGAAUGUGUUUUCCAGCUACGGCACGGUGGCGUACGUAUCGCUGCCCAAGUUUCGAAACUCGGGCAAAAUCAAAGAGUUUGGCUUUGUGGAGUUCGACGAGGAGGCGAGCGUGCAGAAGGCGCUGAAAGCGUUCCAAACGUUUGGCGGUGUGCUGGCGUACGAAACGACGGACCCGGCCAAGAUGGCAAGCAUCAAGACGUACGAACCAGAGAAGGGAACGCAGCAGCACGGUGAAGGCUCUGGCGAAACGAAAGCCGAACAGGGUGCUGAGAUGGAGAAGCCGAUAGAAUCAUCCACGGGUUCGAUGGCUGAAGACGAUGGUAACAAGCGCGAGGAGGAUGGUGAUGAACCACCAGCGAAGAGACACAAAAUCGAUCCAACAAGUGACGAGGACGAUGACACACAGGACGAUCAGCAGUCGGAUCGGGAAGCAAAUGGACAGAAGCAAAUUGAGCCAGCAAGCGAAGAAGAGUUCCAGUCGGAUCAGGAAGAGCCCGUCGGAGAGCAGGAUAACAAGGAUGGGACGGACCAAGCAAAGGGCGAUGGACAGGAUGUGAAACAGGACACAGGAAAGAAGAAAUGCCGCCAAAGAAAGGGUUGCAGCAUCAUCAAGAAAGAGCUACAGCUGGACGAUAAGGUUUACGAGCUCAAAAUAAUGACCAAGAAAGAAUGGCGCCGGCUGAGAAACAAGUAUCUCAACCUGCAAAAGGAAGAGGCAAAAAAGCUGAAGCGCUUGUUCCACCAGACGGACAAGCAUCCUCAUCAUCACCAUCAUCAGCGGGGUGGCCAUCCGAAGACGAUUGCUUCCCAUCCGAGCGGUGGAAUCGCGAUCAAAUCGAUCAAAUCCUCUCCGAGGGUAAAUUUCUACGGCGCCAUGCCGGUUGAGGAGGACGAGGAGCACGGCGAGCAGGACGGAACCGGCAGCCACCUGCUUCAGCCGGAAGCGGCCGAGGAGAGUGCGGCCACGGCAAAGCGGCCGCUCUUCUCGUUCGAGCCCGGUCUGAUCGUGAGCAUUAAGUUUCGCGAACCGUGCGUCGAUGUUAAGGAUUUCCGGGCCGAGCUGAAACAGCACCCGUACGUGAAGUACAUUGACCUGAAGGAGGGCGACUUUGAGGCGUUCGUGCGCGUCGAUACGCCCGCGUCGGCCGUUGCGCUCGUGAAGGAGUACUGCUCGGCGGAGCACAGCGCGCAGAUACUGAGCGGCGAGCAGGAGCAGCAGUACUGGGACAAGAUGAUGCGCGACCGGGAGGACAAGCUGAACAAGCGCGUCAAGACGGAGCGCAUUCGAGGGCGUACGAAGUUGAUUCGUAAGAUAAACAGUCACAUUAAGUUUGAUGAUGACGAUGAAUAAUGGCACAAACGACCUGGUUGGGAUUAUGGCGAAAUAAAGUGAAUUUAACAGCAA